AAAAUUCAUGACAUUUCUCAAUUUCAGAAAACACAAAUCAGAAAGUUGAAUUUACCUAUUAUGGCUUUUAAAUAGUUAAAUUCAAAACUAAAUUAAUUACAUAAAUAAAUAAACAAUUAGUACAUUUGUUUGGAUAUAAUUAUAUAUUGAAUCUAUGAACAAUUGUUCGUACUUUAAACAAAUAAUUCGAACAAUGUCCAAGAGUAAAAAUAAGAAAACGCCGGUAGUUCCUGCUUCAGAGACGAAAAUAGCCAACAACAACGAUCCAAUUCAACUGGAUAAAACUGGAAAUAUAUGCAUUAAGAUUUUAGCUAAGCCUGGAGCAAAACAAAACAACAUCACCGACAUAACCAGCGAAGGUGUUGGGGUUCAAAUAUCUGCGCCACCGUCUGAAGGCGAAGCAAAUGCAGAAUUGGUAAAAUACUUGUCCAAAGUUCUUGGACUACGUAAAAGUGAUGUUAGCCUGGACAAAGGAUCACGAUCGAGGAAUAAAAUCAUUCAAGUCAGUAAAGGAGUGACGACACCAGAGGCAAUACUAGAACUAUUAAAAAAGGAAUCUCAAACUUAAUAUCACUUUCCUUAUGAUAUUGCGAAUUGAACUGUCCAGUUUUUUUAGUUUAAACUUUUGUACUUGUAGUUUUAUAAUUUGAAUGUUAUUAUUUUUUAAUUAAAUGAUUAAAUAAAAUUCAUAACAAACA